CACACACUCACACUGCUGUCAGAUCGACUGUGCACUCCAGCUGGGUCAGGGCGCAAUGAUUUACCACAGAUGUCCAGAUAGAGAGACAUUUAGGAGAUUUAUCGCGAUUCCGAGUGAAGAAUCUGAUGUUUAAUAAAGCAACAUAAUCAACACUUUCAAGGUCCAGAAAGUUCCUGUGAGAGGAUGCGCGAGCGAGAGAUGGCCGGUAACGGCGGGCAGCUCGGCGUGCGUCACUGGACCCCGAAGCACGUGGGCCGCUGGCUGCGUGAAGAGGGCUUCUGCGAUUACGUGGACCUGCUGUGCAACAAACACCGUCUGGACGGAACCAGCCUGCUGACCCUGAGCGAGUACGACCUGCGCUCUCCUCCGCUGGAGCUCAAGGUCCUGGGAGACAUCAAACGGCUGAUGGUUUCUCUCAGGAAGCUGCAGAAGCAGAACGCUGACGUGUUGGAGGAGCUCGGACUGUCCUACGACGGACACUCGCCUCAGAACAGUGCAGGUGGAGUGGACUGGUUGUGUAACGGUGAAUCUGUGCGGGAUUGCGAUGCCGUUCUGGACGCGUUGAGCGGCGACCAGUAUCACCAGUACAACAACGGCAAAUACAAGCAGCAGCCGCGGAGACUGGACCCGGAGUACUGGAAGACCAUCAUGAGCUCCGUCUACGUAGUCUUUGUCUUCGGCUUCACGUCGUUUGUCAUGGUGAUCGUCCACGAGCGCGUGCCAGACAUGAGGACGUACCCACCGCUACCUGACAUCUUCCUGGACAGUGUACCCAGAAUCCCCUGGGCCUUUGCGAUGGCCGAGGCCUGUGGCGUGAUCCUCUGCUCUAUUUGGCUGCUGGUUCUGCUGCUUCAUAAACACAGGUCGAUCCUGUUGAGACGGUUGUGCAGUCUCAUGGGGACGGUCUUCAUGCUGCGCUGCGUCACUAUGUUUGUGACGUCUCUCUCUGUACCGGGUCAACACCUGCAGUGCACUGGGAAGAUAUACGGUGACAUGUGGGCGAAGCUUCAGCGCGCUGUGGCCAUAUGGAGCGGGUUUGGAAUGACCCUCACCGGCGUCCAGACGUGUGGAGAUUACAUGUUCAGCGGACACACCGUCGUUCUCACCAUGCUCAAUUUCUUCGUCACAGAAUACACGCCGCGCAGCUGGAACUUCAUCCACACGCUGUCGUGGGUCCUGAACCUGUUCGGGAUCUUCUUCAUCCUGGCGGCUCACGAGCAUUACUCCAUCGACGUCUUCAUCGCCUUCUACAUCACCACCAGACUCUUCCUGUACUACCACACGCUGGCCAACACGCGCGCCUACCAGCAGAGCCGCCGCGCGCGCAUCUGGUUCCCCAUGUUCUCCUUCUUCGAGUGCAACGUCAACGGACCGGUGCCGAACGAGUACUGCUGGCCCUUCGCUCGACCCACCCUACUCAAGCGACUCAUCCGCUGACCGGCGCACGCGUCUGUACUGUGAUUCUUGCGUUGCCAUGAUGUAGAGGAGGCCAAACGCCGCAUCUGACCCCUCGAUCAACAG